CUCAUGGGGAUGUUCGCGAGACGCUUUUAAAGACUGAAACAUCAACGCCCAUGUUAACGUACUUUAAAUCUAAAACCCCCAGGAUAGUUAAUAACUUAAAGGAGAAGGGCCACAAGAAGGCAGCAGGUCCCAAGCCAUACGUAGGACUUUUCGAAGCCGACCUCAAGACUCAAUGCAGCCCCCCAGUGUGGGAGAUCCGUGAUCUACGUAGAAACGGAGGAGCUGACGAUGAGACAUGGACUGAGGGAGUCCAUUGUCUACUGUGCGGUGUUCUUGUGAUGUGA